AUGUCGUCGGCUUCGCAACGUCUUUCUGCUAUCGCCAGCCAGAUUACCGGCGGGGGCGAGUCUAUUGCUAGAAAACGGGUGCUUGCAAAGAAUGCAGAUGAUAUUGUCAUUACUCUUGCAGUCCGGACACCACUCACCAAGGCCAAAAAAGGUGGUCUGAAAGAUACUAACCUAGACGACCUGUUAAUUUCUCUCUUGACUACCGUUCGUGAAAAGUCAAAUCUUGAUCCCAACCUUGUCGAAGAUGUCUGCGUCGGUAACGUCCUCAACUCCAGCGCAGCAUAUCUGGCUCGCUCCGCCGUCCUCGCAGCCGGCUUCCCCGAAACCACAGCAGCAUCAAUAGCCAGCCGCUUCUGCUCCUCUGGUCUCCUGGCCGUUCAGCAAAUCGCAAACCAGAUCAUUGCCGGGUCUAUUGAAGUCGGUAUCGCCAUUGGCGCAGAGUCAAUGAGCACAAACCCUGAUGGCGGUGCGCCUAAAUUCUCAGAUAAGAUUCUGAACCAUCCACUUGCAUCCCAGAACCAGCAGCCUAUGGGUCAAACUUCGGAAAAUGUAGCUGGACAGUUCGGCCUUACUCGCGCCCAGAUGGAUGAAUUCGCUGCUUCGAGUUUCCAAAAGGCCGAAAAGGCGCAGAAAGCCGGGUGGUUCAAAGACGAAAUCGCCCCCGUCAAGACGACAAUCAAGGAUCCCAAGACCGGCGAAGUCAAAGAAAUCGUGGUGGACAGUGACGACGGCAUCCGUUACGGAACAACAGCCGAAAGUCUCUCCAAGAUCCGCUCUGCCUUUCCUCAAUGGGAACCCAGCCAUACCACCGGCGGAAACGCCUCGCAAAUCACGGACGGCGCUGCUGCGCUGAUUCUGAUGAAGCGAUCUCGUGCUCAACAGCUUGGUCAGCCGAUUCUCGCUAAAUUCGUUGCGGCAACUGUGGCCGGUCUCGAGCCACGGAUUAUGGGUAUUGGCCCCACUGUUGCUAUUCCCAAGAUUCUUUCAAAGACCGGUUUGAAUGUGGAGGAUGUUGAUAUUUUUGAAAUCAAUGAGGCGUUUGCAUCUAUGGGAGUAUAUUGCGUACAGAAACUCAAUCUACCACCAAGCAAAGUCAAUCCCCGCGGUGGAGCAAUUGCCUUUGGUCACCCCCUCGGCGCAACAGGUGCUCGACAAGUGGUCACUGCACUGUCCGAGUUACGAAGAUCCAAUAAGCGAAUUGCAGUAACGUCCAUGUGUGUAGGAACGGGCAUGGCUAUGGCCGGUGUCUUUGUCUCGGAGCAUUGAUGCAUUUGAGUAGUAUAUAUGUAAAUUGCAUGAGAAAUAAACGAACGUAAAGUAUCCACCAUAUUUC